ACGUCCCCUCAGGUGUCGGGCCGGGUUCCCGCUGCCGGAGAGGGGCCGCUCUCCGCGGGGGGAUGGGAGACGGGCUUUUCUGCGGAGGUGGAGGAGUCGGUCGCCUGGUUCGCCGUCCCUCGGGGAGCAAAACCGGCGUAACAAAUGGCAGCGCAGUGCGUGACGAAGGUGGAGCUGACUGUGUCCUGCACCAAUCUCUUGGACAAAGAUGUUGGUUCCAAGUCAGACCCACUGUGUGUGCUCCUCCAGAACACCAGCGGUCAGCACUGGUAUGAGGUUGAUCGCACAGAAAGAGUUAAGAAUUCCUUGAACCCAAAGUUUGCCAAAAAAUUCUUAAUUGAUUACUAUUUUGAGCUUGUUCAGAAACUUAAAUUUGGAAUAUAUGACAUCGAUAACAAAACCUUUGAUCUGAGUGAUGAUGACUUCUUAGGAGAAUUUGAAUGUACACUGGGACAAAUAGUUUCUAGCAGGACUCUAACAAAACCAUUAGUACUUAAAAAUGGCAGACCUGCUGGAAAAGGAAGUAUUACGAUUACGGCAGAAGAAGUGAAGGAUAACAGGGUGGUUGUAUUGGAAGUAGAAGCAAGGAAGCUGGACAAUAAGGAUUUUUUUGGAAAGUCAGAUCCUUAUCUGGAAUUCCACAAGCAGACUGGAGAUGGAAACUGGGUGAUGGUUCACAGAACAGAGGUAAUUAAAAACAACCUGAAUCCUGUUUGGAGGCCCUUUAAAGUCUCUCUCAAUUCUCUGUGUUACAGUGACAUGGAUAAGUCAAUCAAGGUUGAGUGCUAUGACUAUGAUAGUGAUGGGUCUCAUGAUCUUAUAGGAAGCUUUCAAACAACGAUGUCAAAACUGAAGGAAGCAUCUCGGUCCUCGCCUGUUGAAUUUGAGUGCAUUAAUGAAAAGAAAAGACAGAAGAAGAAAAACUAUAAAAACUCUGGCAUUGUGAGCGUUAAGCACUGUGAGAUCAUAGUAGAAUGCACAUUCCUUGAUUACAUCAUGGGUGGGUGUCAGCUGAAUUUCACAGUGGGGAUAGAUUUCACAGGCUCCAACGGAGACCCUCGCUCCCCGGACUCUCUGCAUUACCUCAGCCCUAACGGAGUUAACGAGUACCUCACGGCCAUUUGGUCUGUAGGGCUGGUCAUUCAGGAUUAUGAUACAGAUAAGAUGUUCCCAGCUUUUGGAUUUGGUGCACAAAUUCCUCCUUCCUUUCAGGUGUCACAUGAGUUCCCAUUAAAUUUUAACCCAUCAAACCCAUUCUGUAAUGGAGUCCAAGGCAUUGUUGAUGCCUAUCGGGCUUGCCUUCCUCAAGUGAAGUUAUACGGGCCAACAAAUUUUUCUCCAAUUAUAAAUCAUGUGGCAAGAUUUGCUGCUGCAGCUACACAACAGCAAACAGCAUCUCAAUACUUUAUACUCCUGAUCAUCACGGAUGGUGUGAUAACGGACCUCGAUCAGACUCGAACCGCCAUCGUUAAUGCUUCAAAACUGCCCAUGUCCAUCAUCAUCGUUGGUGUUGGGGGAGCAGACUUCGAUGCUAUGGAGUUUCUAGAUGGUGACAAUGGAGUUCUUCGGUCCUCGUCAGGAGAACCAGCCGUCAGAGACAUUGUCCAGUUCGUGCCCUUCAGGAAGUUCCAAAAUUCUCCGAAGGAAGCUCUGGCGCAGUGUGUCCUGGCAGAAGUCCCUCAGCAGGUGGUGAGCUACUUCAGCACCUACAAACUGCAGCCUCCCAAGAACCCUGCCACAAAGUGAAGGGAUGGGCCCAGCGAGGGCAGCUGGGACUCAGUGCUUGCUUGACCUGCUGCAUCUACAGGCUUGGGUUCUCCAGGGGCUUCUGUGUCCCUGUAUCCACACUCCUCUCUAUGGUAACGGCUCUUAGCUUCUGCCUGCAAAUCACGUUGCCAAGUGUGCCUUUUGAGGGCCAAAAGGACAAUUUUCUUAAAAUCUGAUGCUGAUUUGAGAGAUAGGGCUUUAUUUUAUUUUGAAGAGUGGGGGAAAAAUAUGCAGAGAGAAGAGGGAGAGCAGCUGGAAGUGGAACAGCUGAAAACGGGAAAGAGGGAAUAACCCCACCAAGCAGGGAAGAAUUUGUAUGGGCUUCAACAGAUCUGGGAUGUUUCAGGCUCCUGUGUUUAAGCCACCACAACAGUUUUGUGGCAGGGGUUUCACAAUUAGACAUGUGCCAGAAGAGGGUGUAACAGCCCUCCUUGCACGCUCGUUUCACCUUUGCCACUUCAGUGCCUCCGCUCAGGGCCAGGUGAUCACCAGCCAAACAAGUCCUUAAACUCUUCCACCGGGCACAGUCUCUAGAGGUAGGACAGGAAUAACCCUGGUGGAUCAAGGUGAACCUCUAACAUCCCAGAAAAAUACUCUUGGCCUUUGAGGCUGCCCCUGUAAAGUGGCUUUUCAGUGUGUACUCUGCUGGAAAAUGGGAACUCCACAUUUUAUUUUGGUUGGGGUUUGGUUUUGGUUUUUUGUUGUUUUUUUUUUUUCCCCUGUAGAAGUUGUGACUGUUGAUCUUUAAAGGGCUUUUUGUGAAGUGGGAAUUCACUUUUCAGUUAAAAAGUUUUGUCUGAUUUUAUAACUGUGCGUUUUCAAGCAAAGACACUUCUUGAAAGUGCUGCUUUAUUUAGAUGGGUUUUGUCAUAUUUUGAAUCAUGCUGCUUUUUCACGAGCUCACUAAUGAAAAGUGCCUGCAAAAAGAACCACAAUCUUGCCUCUUCCCUCCCUGUAGGAAGACAGAAGCAAGUCUCUAAGCUCUGAUCCUACAAUCGCACUGCAUUUCUCUAGGGCACACAGUUUCUGGUUUGUUUUCUUGGCUUGAGCUUUCUUGUCACCAUUUACACCAAGUGUAAGUCAUCUUCUGUUUGGGACAGGUGAGGUUUUCUUGCCUCCCAGGUGUGUACACUCCUUUCUGAGGCGCAACCUAAGUGGGGAUGUAAAGGUCCCAUUUAUCACUUGUAAAAUGCUCAUCCUAAACGUUAGAUUAGAGCACGUUAGAGCAGAAGGGACUACCCCUGAAUUGAACGUGCUCGAGCACUCAAGGUUGCACCAGGUCGUGGGACCUGGGACUUUUUUUACUCACUGGAGCUGCUCUGUCAUUUUUUGAGGUUUUGGGUGGGGUUUUUUUCCAUAUAUGUGUAAUCCUGUCAAAAAUCUGAAUUCCCAUUAGCAUUGAUGGAUGAAAGAUAGAUGUUUGGAGAUUGUCUUGUGCAUCCUGCAAAACACACCAGGUGUUUUGUAGCCAAUUAGUUACCAAUCAUGGCUUAAUACGCUGUUCUCCCCUCCCUUUUCCUUGGAGGAAAGGGUCCCUACUAGUGUCAGUAGAGGAAUGCUAAGGAAGAGAUUUUGUUUCAUAUUAAGCCAAGCUCUUUCUUUUUUUUUUAAUCAUGUGUUUGUUUAUAUCAAAUCCUACAGUCGUCGUUCGCUCAGUGUAGUGUGAAUGCGUUACUGCUUCAUGUAUCAAUGCCAAUGAAGAGCCAUGCCAGAUACACAACACAAAAUACUAAGAUCAAGGCAGGUAAUUAUAAGGAGCCUAAAUCACGCUGCUGCUAAUUGAUACUGGCUGAUUUUGGAGAAAUGAACUCUUUCGGAGCUCCGUGUGCAGAGGAAACUGGCUGGGGUGUUAGUGCUGUGUCUGGCCCGACUGCUGGUGGGAGCAGAGGGUGCUACUGAAGUUCCUCUGAGCUGGCUGCCAAAAAUAACACUGCUCAGCUGAGUGCUGGUACCAGGGCUGCUUCAAGUCGCUGUGGAAGCACAUUUAAACACAUUAAAGUAUGUUAAUAGGUAUUAUUAUAAAGUCGUUAUAGUAAGUGUCUGCUGCGUAUAAAAUACAUAACCCCUUUUGUCAGUAUUCUACACAGAAAUUCUGAGUUUCUACAGCAGAGAAUUGGUUAGCUCUUGUUGAAGUGCCUCGAUGUUCCUCAAGCUUAGGGAAUUAAAUAGCACAUGGAUGACCCCUGCUCCUCAGUGUGCCCCCUUCUGUGUGAAGGGACGUGUUCCAGACCUGACAGCAGCGAGGACCGCCGGCCGGGGGUAACCUGGAGGGCUGGGGACAAUUGGACAAUUUGGGAGCUGAAGCAAUAAUCUGAAUAAAGGAAUGCAGCAGAUGGUGAGUCGAGGGGGAGGGGAAUUAUUGUGUUGCGUUGCCGUUUUUUGGUUAGUUUAUUUUUACAUGUACCAAAGGCCUUAUUAGCUUGAGGGUGACAAAGCAAAAUAUUGUCAAAGUUGUGUAAAGCGAUGUGCGUGUGUGUCACUUGCGCCACCUUGUGGUGGAAGGGCUCUAUAGCAGUCUGCAUAACCUCAUCCUUGCUGCCACUUAACGGUCUAACGUAUACAUAUGUACAGCAGAGAAAUUACCUGUAACCACAAUUUUUUACUUUCCUAUGUAUUUCAGUCCCGAUGAAGUUAACUGAUUUACAGUCCUACGCAUUAAAAAUAUAAUUUCAUUA